AUGAAGAACAAGGGUGCCAAGCAGAAGCUGAAACGAAAGGGAGCCGCCAGUGCCUUUGGCUGUGACCUGACCGAGUAUCUGGAAAGCUCAGGACAGGAUGUUCCAUAUGUAUUGAAGAGCUGUGCAGAAUUUAUAGAGACUCACGGCAUUGUGGAUGGAAUUUAUCGGCUUUCGGGAGUCACCUCAAAUAUACAAAGGCUAAGGCAAGAGUUUGGCUCAGAUCAAUGUCCAGAUCUGACAAGGGAAGUGUACCUCCAGGACAUCCACUGUGUGGGCUCACUCUGCAAGCUGUACUUUAGGGAGCUGCCCAACCCCCUUCUGACUUAUGAGCUCUAUGAGAAAUUCACGGAGGCCGUGUCUCAUUGCCCGGAAGAAGGCCAACUGGCCCGAAUCCAAAAUGUUAUCCAGGAGCUUCCCCCAUCCCAUUACAGGACCUUGGAAUACCUGAUUCGACACCUGGCCCACAUUGCCUCCUUCAGCAGCAAGACCAACAUGCAUGCCAGGAACCUGGCCCUGGUGUGGGCACCAAACCUGCUCAGGUCCAAAGAGAUCGAAGCCACUGGUUGCAAUGGAGAUGCUGCUUUCCUUGCAGUUCGGGUCCAGCAGGUGGUGAUUGAGUUCAUACUGAAUCAUGUGGAUCAAAUCUUUAACAACGGCACUCCUGGGUCUUUGGAGAACAAUGAAAACCCGCCAAUCAUGAAGAGUCUGACCUUGCCAGCCCUCUCCUUGCCCAUGAAGCUGGUGAGCCUGGAGGAAGCUCAGGCUCGGAGCCUGGCUACUAACCAUCCUGCUCGGAAGGAAAGGAGGGAGAAUAGCUUGCCUGAAAUUGUCCCUCCUUCCAUGGGCACCCUCUUCCACACAGUUCUUGAGUUACCAGACAACAAAAGAAAGCUCUCCAGUAAAUCAAAGAAAUGGAAAUCAAUAUUUAACCUGGGACGUUCUGGAUCAGACUCCAAAUCAAAGCUGAGUAGAAAUGGGAGUGUAUUUGUGAGAGGGCAGAGGCUCUCAGUGGAAAAGGCUACUAUCCGACCAGCUAAAAGCAUGGAUUCAUUGUGCUCAGUGCCUGUGGAAGGGAAAGAAACCAAAGGAAAUUUUAAUCGAACAGUCACCACUGGUGGAUUUUUCAUUCCAGCGGCAAAAUUGCAUUCGACCAGCCCUGGCAGCUCCUGUGACCUCAGCAAGCAGGAGGGAGAGUGGGGCCAGGAGGGGAUGCCGGCAGGGGCAGAGGGGGGCUUUGACGUGAGCAGUGACCGAAGCCAACUCGAGAGUGCUCAGGCCCGGCCCCCACCUGAGCAGCUGAAGGUGUUCCGGCCCAUCGAGGAUCCUGAGAGCGAGCAAACAGCCCCGAAGAUGCUGGGUAUGUUCUACACAUCAAACGACAACCCUAGCAAAUCUGUCUUCACCAGCAGUCUCUUCCAGAUGGAGCCCUCACCCCGUCACCAGCGCAAGGCCCUGAACAUCUCUGAGCCCUUCGCCGUGUCCGUGCCGCUCCGUGUGUCGGCUGUCAUCAGCACUAACAGCACCCCGUGCAGAACACCCCCAAAAGAGCUCCAGUCACUUUCCAGCCUGGAAGAGUUUUCUUUCCAGGGCUCAGAGAGUGGAGGUUGGCCUGAAGACGACAAGCCACUGGGCGCUGAGACUUCUACAGCUUCUGUACCUAAGAAGGCGGCUCUCGAGGAUGCCAAGCCAGGACCGGAAGCAGUGAGGACAGAGGAAUGCAGCAAAGGCCUCUCCCUGGAGCCAGGCUCCCAACUGGAGGAAAAGAAGGCUCCAGAAAUCUCCCUGGGUUCUCAACAUCCAAGUGAAUUAGAGAAGAGGCUAGAUCCAGAGAAGGUGGUGGAGGAGGGUCGUGAGGCUGACCAGGGGAAGCCCAGCACUCUGCAGGAGAGCCCCCGGGCCAGAGCCGAAGCCGUGUUUCUCCACGAGAUGGAUGAAGAUGAUCUGGCCAACACCCUGAUCUGGCCCGAGAUUCAACAGGAGCUGAAAAUCAUUGAAUCUGAGGAGGAGCUCUCACUGCCACCACCUGCUCCAAAGAUCUGCCCAGUUCAGCCAAUCCUGGAGUCCAGUCCAGGGCCUCUCGCUUCCCCAGAGCCUCCUGGGAGCUUGUCCUGUGGCCCAACUGCUGUCUCCACCCCUGUGGAGGAGCGGACUAGGGAUCCAACCAAUCAGAGCACACAGGGGACUUCCACGGCAGCCAAUAGAGAAAAGCCAGAGACUAUGAACAGCCUCCACCCAUCUGAGCCAGAGAAGGGCCAGCGCCCAGAUCCCACCAGCCUGGCUCCUCUGGAAAUCGCACCGUUUGAGGCGGCUUCUCCACAAGCAAGGGUGGACCAGGGAGGCCCAGGGAAUCUGUCUCCUCUGCUCCCGCCUGCCGCGCCCCCUCCAACUCCUCUGGAAGAGGCGCCUCGAGAUCAGCUAUCAAAGGGCAGCCCUGAGAGAGAAGACUCGUCUAGGAAUUUGCAGACAAAUCCAUAUAUAGACCAGCUGAAGUCCAAAGGCAGCCCUGGGACCCCCAGACUUUGUCAGGGGGAGGAGGUCUCUCUAGGGGAAAGCGAACAUCAAAAUUCAGAGAAUGCUGCCCCUGAGGGAAAAGGCUCUGGUCUUCGAAGCCCAACAAGAGAGGUUGAGAUCUCCCCACAAGGAGAGGGGGAUGUAGCCCAUUCGGUGCAGGAGCCCUCAGACUGUGAUGAAGACGAAACUGUGACAGACAUUGCCCAGCAUGGCCUGGAGAUGGUGGAACCCUGGGAGGAGCCCCAGUGGGUAACGAGUCCCCUUCACUCUCCCACCCUGAAAGAUGUGCAAGAGGCCCAGGUGCAGGGCGCCCAGGGCCACCGAUUGGAGAAGAGGCUUCCCCACAGGCCCAGCCUUCGCCAGAGCCAUUCUCUGGAUAGCAAAACCACCUCUGUCAAGAGCCAGUGGACUCUUGAGACUCCCUCCUCCAGCAGCUGUGCUAACCUUGAGGCAGAGAGGAAUUCCGACCCUCUGCAAUCCCUGGCAUCCAGGAGAGAGAUUACUGAACGGGAUGAGAAAACCCUAAGGUCCUUCAGAGAGUUCUCUGGCCCAAAAGGGACAGAGGCUGUUCCCAGCCAAAAGGGACCAAGUGGUUUGCAGCCCAAACCAGCAGAAAUCAGCCCUGUCAGCCUGGCAGAGGGAAAGGAACUGGGGGCACACCAAGGGCACAACAACCCUCAGAUUGAGCAAGGUAGUGUUCCUGGGCCAGACAAUAGCAAGGAAAGUUCACCUAGUGUGCAGGACAGUACCUUGCCUGGAGAGCAUCCCCCAAAGUUACAGCUGAGAGGCACUGACUGUGGACCCCCCAAAGGGAAACACAGGCCUUCUUCCCUCAAUUUGGACUCUGCCAUUCCCAUCACUGACCUCUUCCGGUUUGAGAAUGUGGCCUCAUUUGGUUCACCUGGAAUGCAGCUCUCUGAUCCAGCAGACAGGAAAGUCACAUGGAUGUCAUCAUCUCACUGUAAAGUAGACCCAUGGAGUAUUUACUCCCAGGACCCUCAGGACUUGGACAUUGUUGCUCAGGCCCUGACAGGCCGCCGUAACUCGGCUCCUGUGAGUGUGUCAGCUGUGAGAACCUCCUUCAUGGUCAAAAUGUGCCAGGCCAGGGCAGUCCCAGUCAUCCCACCCAAGAUUCAGUAUACACAGAUCCCACAGCCCCUGCCCUCUCAGAGCUCAGGUGACAGUGGGGCUCAGCCUCUGGAAAGGGGCCAAGAGGAACCCAGCUCAACUGGUGAGACCAAUCAGAAAUCUGCCAAAGAUGAUUCUGUCUCUUCCUCAGAAAGCCCAAAAGAAGAGAAAUCAAAGCAAGAUACAGGAACCACUGCAUCCUUGCCAAUGGAUACCACUACAUCCCACAUGUGUGAGGGACCCACCCUUCCUCCAGAACCAGUCUUGGCUAACCUGCUCUCCACCCAGGAUGCAACAGUGCAAUGCAGAAAACGCACAUCAGAGACAGAGCCAUCUGGAGACAACCUUCUUUCUUCAAAAAUAGAGCGACCAUCAGGGGGUUCUAAGCCUUUCCACAGGUCAAGACCGGGAAGACCUCAGAGCCUAAUCUUAUUCAGUCCCCCUUUCCCCAUUAUGGACCACCCUCCCCCUUCAUCCACAGUGACAGAUUCCAAGGUUCUUCUGUCCCCCAUCAGAAGUCCCACCCAGACAGUUUCCCCUGGCCUUCUUUGUGGGGAUUUGGCAGAAAACACGUGGGUCACACCAGAAGGGGUUACACUUAGGAAUAAAAUGACCAUCCCUAAGAAUGGCCAAAGACUAGAGACCUCAACCAGCUGUUUUUACCAGCCCCAGCGGAGAUCAGUGAUUCUGGAUGGAAGAAAUGGGAGGCAAAUAGAAUGA